UCCAAUUCAGAAAACUUCACCGUUAAAGGGAAACACGAAAGAGGGAAAAGAGUGAUCCUCAAUUUUGGCGAACCGGCAGAAUGGGAAAAAAUUUAGUCCCUCACUGGCGUCUACUCCGUCGAGUUCUUGACGACAAUCGACUCCGAGCUCCAUUUUGUCGCAACUAUUCUACCCUCCGUUGCUCUGGAACACUUCUUGGAAGCUCGUCGUCUUCGUUGUCUUCGUUCUCCAAGUUGCUCUUCACCUCCUCCGGUUCCUCCCUUUGUCACGCGCCGGACUUUCAUUUCCCAAGUGUGCAUUGCCAUCACUGUCGAUCUCUAUGCUCAGCGUCAGAUCCUUCGAACAUUAUCUUGGUAAAGUCUGAAAAUCUAUUAAAGGAGUCACUAAGCAAAGCACGAGAGGAAGCUUUGCCGGCAAUUUUCUACUUCACAGCUGCCUGGUGUGGCCCUUGCAGAUUAUUAGCUCCCGUGAUCAAAGAUUUGAGUAAGACCUAUCCUGAGGUGACAACAUAUAAAAUUGACAUCGAUCAGGAAGGCCUCGAAAGGACUUUGAACGACUUAAAUAUUACCUCUGUGCCAACACUUCAUUUCUUUCAGGAUGGCAAAGAGGCUGGUAAAAUUGUGGGUGCUGAUGUCGCAGGCAUUAAACAUAUGAUGGAGAAGGUUUACAAAAAAUGACUAUUUUGCUUUAUCCCAUUACAUAGCAGGUUGUUUACGACUUGAUGACAAGUAGAUUCUGAAAUUCACUGUUGGUAUUUAAAUUUAACAGUGUUACGAAAUUUGAUAACCUUCAUCAUAAUGUGAUGACCGAUAAAAAGUUGUAAACAAGUUGUUCUUUCGUGCGAUGAUGAGAAUCCUUUUGCCGAAAAUGUUUAACGAGAGAAUUGAUACAGAAUUUUUGUGGAGUAUGAAGAUUUGCAAUUUGAUAGUUAUUUAAGGCAAAUUUGAGAGUUAGAGA